AUCCCAUUACUCCUGCAAACACCAACAUAAAAGUUAGUUUGCAGCCAACAAACCUUCGGAGACUGGGACUUUCACUGGAGAUUUUACAGGAAUGGAGGACAUCGAUAGAUGUGAGGAGGAGCUUAUUGAGUAUGCCAUUCGAGAGAGUAUUCGAGACUUAUCAAUAGACAGCAUGCCAACAGUCAGUGGUGACUAUCUGAGGAUAGUGACUGCCAUCGAGCAAGGUGAUGUGUAUACCCUGCAGGAGCUGUCUGGGUUGCAGGCUUUCACAGAGAGGGACAGCAGAGGGUGGCUUCCCCUACACAGAGCCGUCGUGCAGUCCCAGGAACAGGUCUUGGAUCAGGUCCUGCUGGCUUCCUGUGAUGGGACUGUGGAUGAUGUGACUGCAGGCGGGGACACAGCGUUGAUUCUGGCUGCUCAGGAGGGUCUGCUGGAGAAUGUCAGGACUCUACUGCGGCAUGGAGCGUCUCCACACAAAACCAACAGCCUGAAUGAGUCCCCAUUGCUGCUUGCGGUGAGACAGGGAUCAUAUGACAUGGUGUCCACUCUGAUCAAUUGUGGGGCCUUCGUGGAACAGGUGUGUCUGAAGAAGUGGAUGGCCAUUCACGAGGCAGCCAAGGUGGGCUGCAGUGCCAUCCUGGUGCUCCUGCUAAGACAUGGGGCUAAGGUGACAGCUGUAGAUGGGCACAAUGUCACCCCGCUGGGCAUCGCAGCAGAGUACGCCCAUGCAGAGGUCCUGGAUAUACUCAUAAAGAACGGUGGCGACGUGAACGCCCAGGCAUAUAACGGAGACACUGUUCUUUACGAUGCAGCCGGCUCAGGGAACCUGGACUGCAUAUACCUCCUCCUGCAAGCUGGAGCCAACCCUAACAUUGCCAGUCUGGCCUGCCAGCUGCCCAUACACAGAGCCGCCUAUGAGGGACACAUCCUUGCUCUGAGGACCUUCAUCCCCAUCACCACUAAGAGAGCCAUCCGUCUGUCAGGCCAGAGCCCAGUCCACUCUGCAGCAGAUGGCGGCCAUGUUGACUGUCUGGAGAUGCUCAUAGAGAAAGGUUUCGAUGUCAACGCUCAGCUGGACGUACACAUCUCAGAGAGCUAUGGGGACAUGAGGCGGAGUCCGCUCUACUUCGCCGUAUCCAACAGUGAUAUCACCUGCACAGAGAUGCUGCUGGCCGCCGGGGCCAAAACUGACCUGGACCCGCUACGCUGCUUCCUUGUGGCUGUACGCGCUGGGAGGUAUGAGCUGGUGCGUCUGCUAUUGUCCAGGGGUGCCGAAGUCAACUGCUACUUCAGAUUGAUCAGUGACACACUGUUUCCCACCGCGUUGCAGUACUGUCUCAGAGAUCACAUGAUUCUGCGCCUGCUGCUCAACAACGGCUACGACAUAGAGAAGUGCUUCCUGUGUAACCACGGCAACGGACAGGAUAUGGACUGCGACUCCAGGGUCGACUACCAACAUAACCAUAGAAGAACUUUAUUUUAUAACCAGGACUACAGAGCCUCAUUCUGUGAAAUCAUCUCCCUGUCGUCGGUGGUCAACCUGGCGGGGAGUGUGGUACGGAUGCUUCUGGACUACGUCAGACACCCACGUAUCUGCCCCAACCUCCUACGGGUCCUGGAGAAACAGAAAGAGUGGACAGACAUCUGUGACAUUCUGGACAACCCUCGGUCCCUGCAGCACCAAUGUCGUUUGGUCAUUAGGAGACAGAUGACCCCUAGAAGACUGAAUGACCCACAGGUCAUGGCUACCGUCCCGUUUCCCCCGACACUCAAACACUACCUCACCUACAGGGCGUACGACGAGUAUGGUGGGUUGGAAGCCUCACACUCAUAACUGGAUCAAUGAAAACAUAUUUAGAAGAACAAAAAGUGAUCCUGUUCUGUGCAUAACUGAUCAAUCACAUUAUGCUCUUUCUCGUGAAUAAUGCAUCAGCUCAUAUACUUAUGCUUAUAUGAAGUAUGGCAAGUGUUCUUGUGAUGUAAUGUUUGUAAUAACUACAAUUCUUUUCACACUGAUUCAUGUUCUCUGAAUUGUGUCAAUUGUCCAUAUCAUAGUACUGCUACUUCUACUAGACUGCAUACAUUAGACCGCACAGCUGUGCAGCAUUUUACAGUGCAUGUAGUGUGAUGUACUCUUCAAGAUCUCCCCUUGGGAAAAGCAGGUCAGGUCUAAAAAAAUAACUCUCUGAGAGCUCAUUCAGUUUAUAAGUAGGGCUAAACACUCACGGGACACUGGUCUGAAUGACUCAGCUGCAAUGGACUGUUGACUUUUACAGUGACCCUGACACCUACCUUUAAAUCUAGAGAGACCUAGAUCUAGACAACAGCUCAUCCAUAUUAUACCCUCAAAGUUCUGGGAGCUAGUUGUGUUGUCACUAGCCCCGUGACUGGUGCUAACAUGCAUUAUUUGUCCUGAUCUUGUCCACAUUCUGAUUGUGCCCACAUUUUUAGACAGGUGUAGAAGAUUAAAAGAUGCAUUGUGAUCUGAUUGUGAUCAGAUUUCCCUGACAACCUCCAGAGGUAGUUAGGCUUGCAAGUGUAGACAGAUCUGGACAGUGAAACCAUUUAAAUCAUAAUUAUCCAGCACUCUAAAAUCCUUGACAAGUUGGAGCAUUGACUUAUGGAAUCAAUAUGAGUCUUAAAAUAAAUAAAUACACAUAAUUUUUGAAAGAAUGUCUGAAAAUGUGACUGUUGACAAGAUCAGGACAAGAUGCAUGUUUGCAGCAGGUAUAAACAAGGCUUCUGAGACCUGUUGGGUGGACAACAAACCAGAAUCAAUGAGUUAGCCAGCUAACUUUGAUAAACAAUCACAAAUAACUAUUAAUUUUUAAGCUUAUUUCAAGCUUAUUUAAAAAAAGAAAAAAAGAAGAAAAAGUUAUUUCAGAAUAUUUAGGAGUUAGCUGGCUAACUCAAUGAUCCUGCUUUGUAGUACAACCCUCAGCUCAACUCUUCCUGGAACACACAGAGCUUAUGAGGCAAAUCUCGUAACAUGUUAGGAUUUCAGCCAUUUUCCCAAAGCAAAGUUGAGUAACCCUAAAACACCAUUGGGUGGCAAUGUUACAAUCGGCGUCCACGCAUAAGACUGUAGUCCUAUGCACUGUGCAGUGCCUGGUAUCCUCCACUCCAACCAAGCCUUGGGCCUUUACAGUAGCAGAACAACAAUUGCUGUAUUCAGAUCAUAUCAUGAAAUGUUUAAACUGAAGAACACCCCAGUUAACUGACUGAACCAAAUGUGGGUUCUGCUGUUGUGAAGGCACAGCUAGACUAGAGUAGCAUGGUCCAAUGUAGAAUUAGGUUGAGAGAGUUCUAGCGUUGCCAGACUGUUGUUGUUAUCUGAACAGCAGCAUUCCUGCCCUGUCAACACCAGCCUACCGCUCAUCGAGACACAGUGGAGUGGACACUGUAUUCCUACCCACUAGUCAUAUCAUAGACCAGGGCUCUCCAACCCUAUUCCUGGAGAGCUAAUUUCCUGGAGGCUUUUGCUCUAAUCCCCGUUUUAUCUAAAGCUAACUUCCUGGAGGAUUUUGCUCUAAUCCCUGUUUUAUCUAAAGCUAACUUCCUGGAGGCUCUUGCUCUAAUCCCUGUUUUAUCUAAAACUAACUUCCUGGAGGAUUUUGCUCUAAUCCCCGUUUUAUCUAAAACUAACUUCCUGGAGGAUUUGUCUCUAAUCCCUGUUUUAUCUAAAGCUAACGUCCUGGAGGAUUUGUCUCUAAUCCCUGUUUUAUCUAAAGCUAACUUCCUGGAGGAUUUGUCUCUAAUCCCUGUUUUAUCUAAAGCUAACUUCCUGGAGGAUUUGUCUCUAAUCCCUGUUUUAUCUAAAGCUAACUUCCUGGAGGAUUUUGCUCUAAUCCCUGUUUCAUCUAAAGCUAACUUCCUGGAGGAUUUUGCUCUAAUCCCUGUUUCAUCUAAAGCUAACUUCCUGGAGGAUUUUGCUCUAAUCCCUGUUUUAUCUAACCUGAUUCACCAGCUGAUUAUUAGAAUCAUGUGAGCUAGAUUUGUUAUUUGUUAUUUUAUUAGGAUCCCCAAUAGCUGUUGUGAAAGCAGCAGCUACUCCUCCUGGGGUCCACACAAAACAUGAAACAUGACAUAACAUUAAUAAACAGCUCAAGGUCAGAACUACAUGCAUUUUAAAAAUGGCAAACAUACUGUAGCCUGACACAUCAAUACAUACACACAAAAUAUCUAGGUCAAAUAGGGGAGAGGCGUUGUGCUGUGAGGUGUUGCUUUAUCUGUUUUUUGAAACAAGGUUUGCUGUUCAUUUGAGCAAUAUGAGAUGGAAAGCAGUUCCGUGCAAUAAUGGUUCCCUAUAAUUCUGUACGCUUUCUUGAAUUUGUUCUGGAUUUGGGGACUGUGAAAAGACCCCCGGUGGCAUGUCUGGUGGGGUAAGUGUGUGUCAGAGCUGUGUGUAAGUUGACAACGCAAACCAUUUGGAAUUUUCAACCAUGUUUCUUAUAAAAAUAAGUGAUGCAGUCAGUCUCUCCUCAACUCUUAGCCAAGAAGAGCAAGAUGUGCCGCUCUAUUCAGGGCCAAAGGCAGCUUAUUACCUAGGUAUUUUGCAGCACUUGACCACAUGACUGGACAAUAAUCAGGAGAAGACAAAACUUGACUCUGCAGGACUUGCUUUUUGGAAUAUGGUGUCAAAAAAGCAGAGCAUCACUUUAUUACGGCCAGACCUCUCCCCAUCGUUACAACCAUUGAAUCUACAUGU